UCACCAAAUGAAAAAGCAGCAGAGGGCUCACAAGAAGUCCUUUCCAAUGACGAUCUGGCUUUGAAAAGAGCAGCUGUAGUGCCGGAGUGUUUGGUGCAUUGCCUCUUUUGGCCGAGUAUCCAUUCUUCCAUGGGGAAGUGGUGUUGGGAGGUUCUUGUGGUGCACGAAGCUAUUCCUCUGCCAUUUGCUCCCAGGGACAUCAGAGAGUGCAGCAGGAUUUGCCUUUGCCAUUUAAUGGGGUUUCAGUUUGUUUGACUCAACUGGGCAUGUUCUUAUAAUGCCAGGAGAAUGAUUCUAUCCUAAGUCAGCUGAACAGAAGCCAGAAGUGAACUGCAAACAAGAGACCCGGCUUGCAUAACAGCAUGGAGGAGACCAGUUUCACUGCAGCAACACAGCGUAGGUGGUUGCUAAUGAGCCUUCAGUGAAACUGCCUACAGAGUGACGACCAAAGGGAAGAGUUCCCUGCUCACCUGAAAAAGACAGUCACUGUACAGGUCAAGCUUUGUUCUAAGAUUAUUUGUUUCGUCUAGUUCAUGAGCUCAAAUCAUAAAGACCCUAAAUGUUACAGAAGUGUUGAAAGAUUGCUCGGUCAUGAGCACUGACAGUAACUCAUUGGCACGUGAAUUUCUGACCGAUGUCAACCGGCUUUGCAAUGCGGUGGUCCAGAGAGUGGGGGCCAAGGAGGAAGAAGAGGAGGAGACACACAUGGCAACCCUUGGACAAUACCUCGUCCACGGCCGAGGAUUUCUGUUACUUACCAAGCUAAAUUCUAUUAUUGAUCAGGCAUUGACAUGUAGAGAAGAACUCCUUACCCUUCUUCUGUCACUCCUUCCACUGGUAUGGAAGAUACCUGUUCAACUAGAAAAGGCAACAGAUUUUAAUCUACCGUUCUCAGCUGAUAUAAUCCUGACCAAAGAAAAGAACUCAAGUUCUCAAAGAUCUACUCAGGAAAAAUUAUAUUUAGAAGGAAGCACCCCAGCCGGUCAGGUUUCUGCAGAAGUAAAUGUUUUUCGACAAAGCAGACGGCAGCGUAAAACUACCCAUCGCUAUUCUGUAAGAGAUGCAAGAAAGACACAGCUCUCCACCUCAGAUUCAGAAGUCAAUUCAGAUGACAAAAGUAUAGUAAUGACUAAGCAUAGAAGGUCCCAUCUGCUGAAGCAUUUUAUAACACAGUCUCCUAAAGAAGACCACCUUACAGCUAAGCUUGACCACUUAUCAACCAAAGAACAGACCCUUCCUGAUACCAUGGCUUUGGAAAAUUCCAGAGAGAAGAUUCCAAGACAAGAGUCAAACACUGACAUUUUAAGUGAGCCAGCGGCCUUGUCUAUCAUCAGUCACAUGCACAAUUCUCCAUUUGACUUAUGUCAUGUUUUGUUAUCUUUAUUAGAGAAAGUUUGUAAGUUUGACAUUACCUUGAAUCAUAAUUCUGCUCUAGCCGCCAGUGUAGUGCCCACGCUGACUGAGUUCCUAGUGGGUUUUGGGGACUGCUGUAAUCUCAGCGACAAUUUGGAGAGUCGGAUGGUUUCUGCAGGUUGGACUGAAGAACCGGUGGCUUUGAUUCAACGGAUGCUUUUUCGAACAGUGUUGCAUCUUAUGUCAGUAGAUAUCAGUAUGGCAGAGAUGAUGCCAGAAAGUCUUCGAAAAAAUUUAACGGAAUUGCUUAGAGCAGCUUUAAAAAUUAGAACUUGCCUAGAAAAGCAGCCCGACCCUUUUGCACCAAGACAAAAGAAAACACUACAAGAGGUUCAGGAAGAUUUUGUGUUUUCCAAGUAUCGCCAUAGAGCGCUUCUUUUACCUGAGCUCCUAGAGGGAGUUUUACAGAUCCUGAUCUGUUGUCUUCAAAGUGCAGCUUCAAAUCCUUUCUUCUUCAGUCAAGCCAUGGAUCUGGUUCAAGAAUUCAUUCAGCAUCAUGGAUUUCAUUUACUUGAAACAGCAGUUCUUCAAAUGGAGUGGCUGGUUGUAAGAGAUGGGGUUCCUCCUGAGGCCUCAGAACAUUUGAAAGCCCUCAUCAAUAGUGUGAUGAAAAUAAUGAGCACUGUCAAAAAAGUGAAAUCAGAGCAACUUCAUCAUUCAAUGUGUACAAGAAAAAGGCACAGACGGUGUGAAUAUUCCCACCUCAUGCAUCACCACAGAGAUCUCUCAGGUCUGCUGGUUUCGGCUUUUAAAAACCAAGUUUCCAAAAGCCCGUUUGAAGAGACGGCAGAUGGAGACGUGUAUUACCCGGAGCGGUGCUGUUGCAUUGCAGUGUGUGCUCACCAGUGUUUACGCUUACUGCAGCAGGCUUCCUUGAGCAGCACGUGCGUCCAGAUUCUCUCGGGUGUUCAGAACAUCGGCAUAUGCUGUUGUAUGGAUCCCAAAUCUGUGAUCAUUCCUUUGCUCUAUGCUUUUAAAUCGCCAGCACUGAAAAACUGUCGGCAGCAUAUAUUAAAUAUUCUUAACAAACUUAUUUUGGAUCAGUUAGGAGGAGCCGAGAUACCACAAAAAACUAAGAAAGCAGCUUGCAAUAUUUGUACCGUUGACUCAGAUCAACUAGCCAAAUUAGAAGAGACCCUGCAGGGAAACGCAUGCGAUGCUGAACCUUCCUCAGGUUUAUCCAGUCCUUCUUACAGAUUUCAAGGGAUCCUGCCCAGCAGUGGAUCUGAAGACUUGUUGUGGAAAUGGGAUGCCUUAGAGGCUUAUCAGAAUUUUGUUUUUGAAGAAGACAGAUUAUGUAGUGUGCAGAUUGCAAGUCACAUUUCCAGUUUAAUGCAGAAAGGCAAUAUAGUUGUCCAGUGGAAAUUGUAUAACUACAUAUUUAAUCCUGUGCUCCAAAGAGGAGUUGAAUUAGCACAUCAUUGUCAACAGCUCGGCAUUACUUCAGCUCAGACUCAUGUAUGUAGCCAUCAGAACCAGUGUUUGCCCCAGGAAGUGGUUCAGAUUUAUUUAAAAACUCUGCCUACCCUGCUUAAAUCAAGGGUAAUAAGAGAUUUGUUUUUAAGUUGUAAUGGAGUGAACCAAAUAAUUGAAUUAAAUUACUUAGAUGGUAUUCGAAAUCACUCGCUAAAAGCAUUUGAAACUCUGAUAAUCAGCCUAGGGCAACAACAGAAAGAUUCUUCAAUUCCAGGUAUUGAUGGGACAGACUUUGAUCAGAAGGAGCUGUCGUCUUUAAAUAUCAGUACUUUGUACAACCAGCAAGCUUAUUCAGAUUCUCAGAGUCUUAGCAAAUUUUAUGCCCGCCUCAAAGAUGCUUAUCCAAAGAAACGGAAGUCUGUCACCCAGGAUGUUCAUAUCAACACGAUAAACCUCUUCCUCUGUGUGGCGUUCUUGUGCGUAAGUAAAGAAGCAGAAUCUGAUAGAGAGUCAGCCAAUGAUUCAGAAGAUACUUCUGGCUACGACAGUACAGCGAGCGAGCCUUUGCAACACAUGCUGCCAUGUUUCUGUCUCGAGAGCCUCGUCCUGCCCUCUCGCAAACACAUGCACCAAGCAGCAGACAUUUGGUCAAUGUGUCAUUGGAUCUACAUGUUGAGUCCAGUUUUCCAGAAACAGUUUUAUAGGCUUGGUGGUUUCCGAGUAUGCCAUAAAUUAAUAUUUAUGAUAAUACAGGAACUAUUCAGAAGUCCUGAAGAGGAGCAAGGGAAAAAGGAGGGGGAUAUAAAUGUAGAUGAAAACCAAGAUUUACACAGACCUUCUCAAUCUGAGAUCACUGUGAAGGAAGAUUUAUUGUCUUUGACUGUGAAAAGUGACCCCACACCAUCAGAACUGGGUAGUCUGAAAAAGAGUGCUGACAGUUUAGGUAAAUUGGAGUCACAGCCUAUUUCUUCCAUGAAUGUGGGACAAACUCCAGCCACGGAAGCUGCUCCUGAGGAAGCAAAAGUAUUUACGAAUCGAGAAAGCGAGACGUCACUUCAGGGUAUACGACUUUUGGAAGCCCUUUUGGCUAUUUGUCUUCAUGGCACCGGAGCUAGUCAGCAAAAGAUGGAAUUGGAGCUACCUAAUCAGAACUUGUCUGUGGAAAAUAUACUGCUUGAAAUGAGGAGCCAUCUUUCCAAGUCAAAGGUGACUGAAACAGAAUUAGCAAAGCCUUUAUUUGAUGCCCUGCUUCGAGUUGCACUGGGGAAUCAUUCAGCAGAUUUUGAACACGAUGAUGCUGUGACUGAGAAGAGUCAUCAGUCUGAAGAAGAAUUGUCAUCCCAACCUAGUGAUUUUUCAGAAGAAGCUGAGGAUCCUCAGUGUUGCAGUAUUAAACUUUUGGUUGAAGAAGAAGGUUAUGAAGCAGAUACUGAAAGCAAUCCUGAGGACAGUGAAACCUGGGAUGAUGGGGUAGACUUAAAGCCUGAAGUAGAAAGUUUCAGUGCAUCAAGCAGUCCAAACGACUUACUUGAAAACCUCACUCAAGGGGAAAUAAUUUAUCCUGAGAUUUGUAUGCUGGAAUUAAAUUUGCUUUCUACUGGUAAAGCCAAACUUGAUGUGCUUGCCCAUGUAUUUGAGAGUUUUUUGAAAAUCAUCAGACAGAAAGAAAAGAAUAUUUUUCUACUCAUGCAACAGGGAACUGUGAAAAAUCUUUUAGGAGGGUUCUUGAGUAUUUUAACACAGACUGAUUCUGAUUUUCAAGCAUGCCAGAGAGUACUGGUGGAUCUUUUGGUAUCUUUGAUGAGUUCAAGAACAUGUUCGGAAGAGCUAACCCUUCUUUUGAGAAUAUUUCUGGAGAAAUCUCCUUGUACAGAAAUUCUUCUUCUGGGUAUUCUGAAAAUUGUUGAAAGUGACAUUACUAUGAGUCCUUCACAGUAUCUAACCUUCCCUUUGCUACAUACUCCAAAUUUAAGCAAUGGUGUUUCAUCUUUUUCACAAAAGUGUCCCGGGAUUCUAAACAGUAAGGCCAUGGGGUUAUUAAGAAGAGCACGAGUUUCGCGGAGCAAGAAGGAAGGUGACAGUGACAGUUUUCCCCAGCAGCUGCUUUCCUCUUGGCACGUAGCCCCCGUCCACUUGCCAUUGCUAGGACAAAACUGCUGGCCACACCUGUCGGAAGGUUUCAGCGUUUCACUGUGGUUUAAUGUGGAGCGCAUUCACGAAGCUGAGAGUACCACAGAAAAAGGAAAGAAGACAAAGAAAAGAAACAAAUCGUUAAUUCUACUGGAUAGUAGUUUUGGUGGAUCAGAGCACAGCAGACCGGAAGGUGCAGAGUACGUGAGUCCCAGUGAAAGGCUCAUAGAGGAAGGCUGUAUUCAUAUGAUCUCAUUGGGAUCCAAAGCGCUGAUGAUCCAAGUGUGGGCUGAUCCCCACAGUGGCACUUUAAUCUUUCGUGUGUGCAUGGAUUCAAAUGACGAUACGAAAGCUGUUUUACUAGCACAGGUUGAAUCACAGGAGAAUAUUUUCCUUCCAAGCAAAUGGCAACAUUUAGUACUCACCUACUUGCAGCAGCCCCAAGGGAAAAAGAAUAUCCAUGGGAAGAUGUCCAUAUGGGUCUCUGGACAGAGGAAGCCUGAUGUUACUUUGGAUUUUACGCUUCCGAGAAAAACAAGUUUGUCAUCUGACAGCAAUAAAACAUUUUGCAUGGUCGGCCAUUGUUUAUCAUCCCAAGAAGAAUUUCUGCAGUUGGCUGGCAAAUGGGACCUGGGAAAUUUACUUCUCUUCAAUGGAGCUAAGAUUGGCUCACAAGAGGCAUUUUAUUUAUAUGCUUGUGGACCCAAUCAUACAUCCAUAAUGCCAUGUAAAUAUGGCAAGCCUGUGAAUGACUACUCCAAAUAUAUUAAUAAAGAAAUUUUGCAGUGUGAACAAAUCAGAGAACUUUUUAUGACCAACAAAGAUGUCGACAUUGGUCUUCUAAUUGAAAAUCUUUCAGUUGUGUAUACCACUUACUGCCCUGCUCAGUACACCAUCUACGAGCCAGUUAUUAGACUUAAAGGCCAAAUGAAAACCCAACUCUCUCAAAGACCCUUCAGCUCAAAAGAAGUUCACAGCAUCUUACUAGAACCUUAUCAUCUAAAGAAUCUCCGACCCACUGAAUGUAAAACCCUUCAAGGCAUUCUGCACGAGAUUGGUGGAACUGGUAUAUUUGUCUUUCUCUUUGCUAGGGUUGUGGAACUCAGUAUCUGUGAAGAAACUCAAGCAUUAGCACUGAGAAUUAUACUCUCAUUAAUUAAAUACAACCAACAGAGAAUACAUGAAUUAGAAAAUUGUAAUGGACUUUCCAUGAUUCAUCAGGUGUUGAUCAAACAAAAAUGCAUUGUGGGCUUUCACAUUUUGAAGACCCUUCUUGAAGGUUGCUGUGGUGAAGAUAUUAUUCAUAUCAGUGAGAAUGGAGAAUUUAAGUUGGAUGCCGAGUCUAAUGCUAUAAUCCAGGAUGUUAAACUGCUAGAGGAGCUAUUGCUAGACUGGAGGAUAUGGAAUAAAGCAGAGCAAGGUGUUUGGGAAACUCUGCUGGCAGCCCUAGAAGUCCUCCUCAGAGCGGAUCACCAGCAGCAGAUGUUUAAUAUUAAGCAGUUACUGAAAGCUCGAGUGGUGCAUCACUUUCUACUGACUUGCCAGGUUUUGCAGGAACACAAAGAGGGGCAGCUUACAUCCAUGCCCCGAGAGGUUUGUAGAUCAUUUGUGAAAAUUAUAGCAGAAGUCCUUGGGUCUCCUCCAGAUCUGGAAUUAUUGGCAGCCGUCUUCAGUUUCCUUUUAGCAGCUCACCCUCCUACCAAUACUUACGUUUGCCAUAACCCUGCAGGCUUCUACUUUUCUUUGCACAUAGAUGGCAAGAUCUUUCAGGAGAAAGUACAGUCAAUCAUGUACCUGAGGCAUUCUAGCAGUGGAGGAAAGUCUGUUACUAGCCCUGGAUUUAUGGUAAUAAGCCCAUCUGGUUUCACUGCUUCACCACCUGAAGGAAACAAUUCCUCCAGUACUCUUCCACAGCAGAUGACUGCCAGCAUGCUGCGUUCUAGAAGCCUACCAGCAUUUCCUACUUCUUCACCUCAAAUACAACCACGAAAAUUGACUGGAAGUUUGGGUUGUAGUAUUGACAAGUUACAAAGCGUUGUAGGUAAUGAUGUUGCUUCCCAACCAGAGAAAUGGAGCCCUCAGCGGAGUUCCGAGACGCUGAAGAAAGGCAAAGAAGAUGCUUUUGUCAGUAGCUGUGAGUCUGCAGAAACGGUUUGUGAAAUGGAAGCUGUCCUUUCAGCCCAUGCCUCUGUCAGUGGUGUCCCAAAAGGAACAUCGGGACUUCCAGUGGUCAAAGUAGAUCAGAAAGAGGUGGGAACAGAACCCAGAUCAGAUGAUGACAGUCUUGGGGAUGAGUUCUGCCCACGCCGACCUGAUUACCUGAAGGGACUGGCCUCGUUCCAGCAAAGCCACAGCACUAUUGCAAGCCUUGGUCUAGCUUUUCCCUCACAGAAUGGCUCUGCAGCUGUCGGCCGGUGGCCAAGUCUUGUUGACAGGAACACCGAAGACUGGGAAAACUUUGCCUUUUCUCUCCGUUAUGAGCCAAACCACAACCGAAAUAGAAGUGCUCACAGUGUAACUGAAGAUUGUUUGGUACCUGUAUGCUGUGGGUUGUAUGAACUCUUAAGCGGAGUUCUUCUCAUCCUGCCUGAUGUUAUGCUGGAAGACGUGAUGGACAGGCUCAUUCAAGCAGAUACGCUGUUGGUCCUCGUUAACCACCCAUCACCUGCUGUGCAACAAGGAGUUAUUAAACUAUUAGAUGCAUAUUUUAAUAGAGCAUCUAAGGAACAAAAGGAUAAAUUUCUGAAGAAUCGUGGCUUUUCCUUGCUAGCCAACCAGUUGUAUCUUCAUCGGGGAACUCAGGAAUUAUUAGAAUCCUUCAUUGAAAUGUUCUUUGGCCGACAUGCUGGCCUUGAUGAAGAAUUUGAUCUGGAAGAUGUGAAAAACAUGGGACUUUUUCAGAAGUGGUCUGUCAUUCCUAUUCUGGGACUAAUAGAGACCUCCUUAUAUGACAACGUGCUCUUGCAUAACGCUCUCUUACUUCUUCUCCAAGUAUUAAAUUCUUGUUCUAAGGUAGCAGAUAUGUUGUUGGAUAAUGGUCUACUCUACGUGUUAUGUAAUACAGUAGCAGCUCUGAAUGGAUUAGAAAAGAACGUUCCUUUGAAUGAAUACAGAUUGCUUGUUUGUGAUCUGCAGCAACUUUUCAUAGCAGUUACAAUUCAUGCUUGCAGUUCCUCAGGCUCACAAUAUUUUAGAGUUAUUGAAGAUCUUAUUGUACUGCUUGGAUAUCUUCAAAAUAGCAAAAGCAAGAGGACCCAAAAUAUGGCUGUUGCACUACAGUAUAGAGUUCUCCAGGCUGCUAUGGAGUUUAUAAGGACCACCGCAAAUCAUGACACUGAAAACCUUACAGAUUCAUCUCAGUCACCAUCUGCUCCCCAUCAUGCAAUAUUUCAAAAACGAAAGAGCAUUGCUGGUCCUCGAAAAUUUCCCCUUGCUCAAACUGACUCUCUUCUGAUGAAAAUGCGUUCAGUAGCAAGUGAUGAACUUCAUAUGAUGAUCCAACGGAGAAUGAGCCAGGAGAAUCCUGUCCAGGCAACCGAAACAGAGCUUGCACAGAGACUGCAGCGGCUCACCAUUUUAGCAGUUAACAGGAUUAUUUAUCAAGAGUUUAAUCCAGACAUUAUUGACAUUUUGAGUACUCCAGAAAAUGCACCGCAAAGCAAGACCUCAGUUUCCCAGACUGAAAUUUCUGAAGAAAUUAUUUAUCAUGAACAGCCUUCUGCUUUCAAUCCAUUUCAGAAAGAAAUGUUCACAUAUCUGGUGGAAGGCUUCAAAGUAUCCACUGGUUCAAGUAAAGCCAGUGGUUCCAGACAGCAGUGGGCUAAAAUCUUAUGGUCUUGUAAGGAAACCUUCCGAAUGCAGCUUGGGAGACUGCUCGUGCAUAUUUUGUCACCAGCCCACCCUUCACAAGAGAGAAAGCAAAUUUUUGAAAUAGUUCGUGAACCAAAUCACCAGGAAAUACUACGAGACUGUCUUAGCCCAUCCCUGCAACAUGGAGCCAAGUUAGUUUUGUAUUUGUCAGAGUUGAUACAUAAUCACGAAGAUGAAUUGACUGAAGAAGAACGAGACACAGCAGAGCUGCUUAUGAGUGCUUUAAAGUUAUGUGGUCAAAAGUGCAUCCCCCCCAGUGCAUCGACAAAAUCAGACCUUAUUAAAGUGAUUAAAGAGGAACAAAAGAAAUAUGAAACUGAAGAACAUGUGAAUAAAGCCAACUGGCAGAAAACAGUUAAUAAUAAUCAGCAAAGUCUCUUUCAGCGUCUUGAUUCAAAAUCAAAGGAUAUAUCUAAAAUAGCUGCGGAUAUCACCCAGGCAGUGUCUCUUUCCCAAGGAAUUGAGAGAAAAAAGGUGAUCCAGCACAUCAGAGGAAUGUAUAAAGUGGAUCUGAGUGCCAGCAGACACUGGCAGGAGCUUAUUCAACAACUGACGCAUGACAGAGCAGUCUGGUAUGACCCCAUCUACUAUCCAACUUCAUGGCAGUUGGAUCCAACAGAAGGGCCAAAUCGAGAGAGAAGGCGCUUACAGAGAUGUUACUUAACUAUUCCAAAUAAGUAUCUCCUUAGGGAUAGACAAAAAUCAGAAGCAGAUGUGGUCAAACCACCACUCUCUUACCUAUUUGAAGACAAAACUCAUUCUUCUUUCUCUUCUACUGUAAAGGACAAAGCUGCAAGUGAGUCUAUAAGAGUGAAUCGAAGAUGUAUCAGCGUCGCACCAUCUAGAGAGACAGCUGGUGAAUUGUUGUUAGGUAAAUGUGGAAUGUAUUUUGUGGAAGAUAACGCUUCUGACACAGUUGAAAGUUCCAGCCUUCAGGGAGAAUUGGAACCAGCAUCAUUUUCCUGGACAUAUGAAGAAAUUAAAGAAGUUCACAAGCGUUGGUGGCAAUUGAGAGAUAAUGCAGUAGAAAUCUUUUUAACAAAUGGCAGAACACUCCUGUUGGCAUUUGAUAACACCAAGGUUCGUGACGAUGUGUACCACAGUAUACUAACGAAUAACCUCCCUAAUCUUCUGGAAUAUGGCAAUAUCACUGCUCUGACAAAUUUGUGGUAUACUGGACAAAUUACUAAUUUUGAAUAUUUGACUCACUUAAACAAACAUGCCGGCCGAUCCUUUAAUGAUCUCAUGCAGUAUCCAGUGUUCCCGUUUAUCCUAGCUGACUACGUUAGUGAGACCCUUGACCUCAGCGAUCCAUCAGUGUACAGAAAUCUCUCCAAGCCCAUAGCUGUGCAGUACAAAGAAAAAGAAGAUCGUUACGUGGACACAUACAAGUACCUGGAGGAGGAGUACCGCAAAGGAGCCCGGGAAGACGACCCGAUGCCGCCGGUGCAGCCCUACCACUACGGUUCCCACUACUCCAACAGCGGCACCGUGCUCCACUUCCUGGUCAGGAUGCCUCCGUUCACAAAGAUGUUUUUAGCCUAUCAAGAUCAGAGUUUUGACAUCCCAGACAGAACUUUUCAUUCUACAAACACAACCUGGCGUCUCUCCUCUUUUGAGUCUAUGACUGACGUGAAAGAACUUAUCCCAGAGUUUUUCUAUCUUCCAGAAUUCUUAGUUAACCGUGAAGGUUUCGAUUUUGGUGUACGCCAGAAUGGUGAACGGGUUAAUCACGUCAACCUCCCGCCUUGGGCACGUAACGAUCCUCGUCUUUUUAUCCUCAUCCAUAGACAGGCUCUAGAGUCUGACUACGUGUCCCAGAACAUCUGUCAGUGGAUCGACUUGGUAUUCGGGUAUAAGCAAAAAGGGAAGGCCUCUGUCCAAGCCAUCAAUGUGUUUCAUCCUGCUACAUAUUUUGGAAUGGAUGUCUCUGCAGUUGAAGAUCCAGUUCAGAGACGAGCACUGGAAACCAUGAUAAAAACCUACGGCCAGACCCCUCGCCAGCUGUUCCAGGCGGCCCAUGCGAGCAGACCUGGCUCCAAGCUCAACAUCGAAGGGGAGCUUCCUGCUGCCGUGGGGUUGUUAGUGCAGUUUGCUUUCAGAGAAACCAGAGAACAGGUCAAGGAAGUUCCCUAUCCGAGUCCUUUGUCAUGGAUAAAAGGCUUGAAAUGGGGGGAGUAUGUCGGUUCCCCAAGUGCCCCAGUACCUGUGGUCUGCUUCAGCCAGCCCCACGGAGAAAGAUUUGGUUCUCUCCAGGCUCUGCCCACUAGAGCAAUCUGCGGUUUGUCCCGAAAUUUCUGUCUUCUGAUGACGUACAGCAAAGAACAAGGUGUGAGAAGCAUGAACAGUACUGAUAUUCAGUGGUCCGCCAUCCUGAGCUGGGGAUAUGCUGAUAACAUUUUAAGGUUGAAGAGUAAACAAAGCGAGCCUCCAAUUAACUUUAUACAAAGUUCACAGCAGUAUCAGGUGACUAGUUGUGCUUGGGUACCGGACAGUUGCCAGCUGUUUACUGGGAGCAGAUGUGGUGUCGUCACGGCCUACACAAACAGAUUCAUGAGCGGCACGCCUUCAGAGAUAGAAAUGGAGUCUCAGAUACAUCUCUAUGGGCACACAGAAGAGAUAACCAGCUUGUUUGUCUGCAAACCAUACAGUAUAAUGAUAAGUGUGAGCAGAGAUGGAACCUGCAUCAUAUGGGAUUUAAACAGGUUGUGCUACGUACAAAGUCUGGCGGGACACAAAAGCCCUGUCACAGCCGUCUCUGCCAGUGAGACUACAGGUGACAUUGCCACCGUGUGUGACUCAGCUGGCGGGGGCAGUGACCUCAGACUCUGGACAGUGAACGGGGACCUCGUUGGACAUGUCCACUGCAGAGAGAUCAUUUGUUCCGUGGCUUUCUCUAACCAGCCUGAGGGGAUAUCUAUCAACGUGAUUGCUGGGGGAUUAGAAAAUGGAAUUGUAAGGUUAUGGAGUACUUGGGACCUAAAGCCUGUGCGGGAAAUUACAUUUCCUAAAUCAAAUAAGCCUAUUGUAAGCCUUACAUUUUCCUGCGAUGGCCACCAUUUGUACACCGCAAACAGUGAUGGGACCGUGAUCGCCUGGUGUCGGAAGGACCAGCAGCGCCUGAAACAGCCAAUGUUCUAUUCCUUCCUCAGCAGCUAUGCAGCUGGAUGAGUGAGGAGAACCUCGCAUUCUGCAAGGCACUUUAACUCCAAGCUAGAUUUGCUGACUUCGCCAGUUACAGGAGGUCAAACCCGAAGAAAUGGAUGACCAAACAAACCAUCCAAGUAAUGAUAAAGUCUAUUCAUCUGCACAAAAUUCUGCAGCCUCACAAGGUCCUGAGAGGAAAGUUUUGUUUAGUAAUAACCUGGAGGGUGUGUCAGUAUGCACUAACCAACAAGGUUGAAGUCUGGCACAGUAAAUUAAAAUCAUAUUCUUAAAGUUUUUUUUCCAUAGAGGAUUCUAAAGAAAAGAUGAGCAUCUCUCUAUUUCUGUUUUCUAUUACUUUCUAUUUUCUAUUACUCCAAAAAAGCCAGUGGAAUUUAAAUUGGUUAGCUGUUUGUAUAAAAUGCUCUAAAGAUUAUAUUUUAAAAGUUUUCUGCCAAGAUAACACACCCACUCCACUACCCCCAAAAAAGGAAAGAUAAGGAUAAAGAAUUCAGGACUUAAUCAUUGCUUUCUUUGAGAAGUAUGAAAUUCAGUAGGUGCCUCUGCACCAUUUUUUGGAAUAUCUGAAUAUUUGAAUCUCAGUGUUAGGCAGUUUUUGCCUGUUGCCUUCUUAGCUCAAAGUAGAACCAGACUUUUUGACAGUCACAAACAACAACACAAGUAUCUUUGAUUUUCAGACACAUUCUGUUUCUUCAUAAAAAUCCUACUUAAAAUCCAUAGCACUAGAUAUGGAAUAUCCUUAGUUGAGCCACUAAGAUUUAAACACAAUGAUAAUUCUUUUAAUAUCUGCCAUUUACAGAGCAUUGAAUACUUAACAAUUUGCAAUAGAAAGCCUCCAUUUCAGAAAAAGUUUGCACAGAUAUUAAUAAUGCAGUCCAGUUAAGGCAUUUAAUCUAAUAUGCAGGAGGAGUUUUCUUCCCCAAAACAGAAUUACAAAAGAAAAGGACACAGCUUACUUCGUUUUAAACAGGAGGCAGAAUAAUUCUUUUAGGAAGCAGUUUCCACUGUUUCUACUAACCUAUACCACUUGAGAAUUCUAGGAACAAUAGAAAAAUCUGUGUACUCCACAGCAAACUUACACAUGAUAAAGACAGAAUUUCUAAAAAUCCUGGAAUAGUCUAUCAUGAUAUUAUGGCUCUAUUUUUACUUGGGGUGCUGCUUUAUUGGCUUUGAAAACACUGUAAAAUAAGCUCAGUAAUGUUACCAUGAGAUAAAAAGAUGUAUUCCUGCCUAAGAAUUACUUGCGUGUUUGUUAUGGACAUUUAAUUCAUAUGGUGUUUACAGAACUACUUUUGUAACUUCCAGACUUUCUAAAACAUUCCGCUUAAAAACUGUAUAAAAUACAAUUGCAAAGUCUCUGCUGUCAAGGUAAAUACAAGAGGAAGCAAGUGGCUAUGUAUGCUUGUAACCUUCAGUUGCAUACAGAGGUAAGAACACCUCACGGCUGCACUGAGAUCAUGGUUUGCACAGACCACCUAUUAAUUCUGAGGUCCAAAUAGGUGCAGAGAUGAGACUAUUCCUAUUCACGUUGAAGUGAUUUGCUUUGUUUAAAACAAAAAAAUCGCAGCUAUUGUCUUUCAUUUUUCUACUGAGAACUUUACAUUAGUCCCUUAUUAGAAUAAGGUUGCUACUCAAUCUUUUUUUCUUUUUAAGGCUGAAUUUCAUCAUUUAUCUAAAGAGAAAAAUAUGCAAAAUGACUGGUCUUGUUAAGAGUGCAAUAUUAUAUUUUUAUGUAAAAAUAAAAUUGGGGGGAUUAUUUAUUCAGCAUGAAACUUAGUAUGUAUAUGUUUGAAGCACUUCAUAAUAUGCAUGUUGUAACCAAUAUUUCUGUAAACUAUCACAAGCUCUGUUACCUUUGUACACACUGCCACUUCAGAGUGGGGAUAAAUUUCAUAAAAAUAGA